AUGACAGAUUUUGCUUUGACAACCUUCAGUAGCAAAGGCAAGUUGUUGUAAAUUGAAUAUGCAUUAAAUGCAGUGGCAAAGGGAGAUACUGCUAUAGGAAUUAAGGCUAAAAAUGGGGUGGUUUUGGUUGUUGAAAAGAAAUAAUCAUCCAUUUUGAUUGAAGAAUCAAGUGUUCAAAAAAUAGCUUCGUUGACAGAUAAUAUAGCAGCUACAUAUGCUGGUUUAGGACCAGACUUUAGAGUGUUAUCACAAUAAGCAAGAAAAUUAGUGAAGAAAUAUGAUUUGAAAUAUCAAGAGGAGAUUUUCGUAUAAACAUUAAGUAGAGAAUUGGCAGAGGAUGUACAAAUAGCUACAUAGAGAGGUGGAAUAAGACCAUUUGGAGUGUCUAUUCUUAUAGCUGGAUAUGAUGAGGAGGGACCUCAUUUGGUGUAACUCGAUCCCAGUGGUGCCUAUUAUAGUUGGAAGGCAACAGCAAUUGGCAAACAAGCCAAGAAUGCAAAGGCAUUUUUAGAAAAGAGAUACAAUGCUGAUAUGGAAAUUGAAGAUGCCAUUAAUACAGCCUUAUUAACUUUGAAAGAAGGUUUUGAAGGAUAAAUAACACCCACUAAUAUCGAAGUAGGAGUGAUUAGGGAUGAUCACGUAUUUAGGAUCUUGCCACCCUCUUAAGUAAAGGACUAUUUGGAGGAAUUAGAAUGAUAAUUGAUUAUGAGAUAUUUAUGAAAUAUAAAUCAACCUUAGAUAAAUCGUUUU